AUGAGUGCAGAGAGAAAAGGCAUCAACUUUGGUGAAAUGAAUGCGGGUCAAGGUGAGAGAGGAGCAAUGCAGAAGCGUAGGACGGUUUCAUUGGGAAAACUGAGAAGGUUCCUCGGUGCAACCAUAUGCUCAAUAGCUGUAACGUCUCUCUUCUUUGUUCAUGUACACUUAUCCACUUCCCCCAAUGAUCACAAGUUCAAUGACAAGAUCACCACGUUUCAUGACCGGCAAAGCUGGACUCAAGAACUCGCUCCUCCCCAUUUAUCCAUGGAUCGACUUUCUGCUCCCGAGUUACAUGAUUCAAGAGGGGAUUCAGAUUAUGAGAAACUGUGGAAGCCUCCACCAAAUAGUGGGUUUCUACCCUGUACCAAGCCUACUGCUAAUUACACAACUCCUGCGGAAUCACGAGGUUACCUUUUAGUUCAAACAAAUGGUGGGCUCAACCAAAUGCGUGCUGGGAUAUGUGAUAUGGUAGCCAUAGCUCGUAUCAUAAAUGCCACUCUUGUAAUUCCAAAACUUGAUAAAAGAUCAUUUUGGCAAGAUUCUAGCAUUUUCUCUGAUAUCUUUGAUGAAGAGUGGUUCAUUAGUUCUCUAGCUAAUGAUGUAAAAAUCAUUAAGAAGCUUCCCCAAAAACUGGUUAACGCAACCAGAAUCUUCAAGUCAUUCACAAGCUGGUCUGGUAUGGAUUACUACGAGAAAGAGAUUGCUGCCAUCUGGGAUAGAUUCAAAGUUAUUAAAGCUUCCAAAUCUGAUUCUCGGCUAGCAAAUAACAAUCUACCUCCAGAUAUUCAAAAGCUUCGCUGCCGUGCUUGUUAUGAAGCUCUUCGUUUCUCUUCUCGCAUUGAACAAAUGGGAAAAAUGUUGGUGGAGAGGAUGAGGUCAUUUGGUCCUUAUAUUGCAUUACAUUUACGUUAUGAGAAGGAUAUGCUUGCAUUUAGUGGGUGCACACAUGAUUUAGCUAAAUCCGAGGCUGAGGAGCUACGGAUUAUUAGACAGAAUACUACUUAUUGGAGAAGAAAGCACAUUGAUCCCAUAGAAGAGAGGUCCAAAGGGUUUUGUCCAUUAACUCCAAAGGAAGUUGGAAUUUUUCUCACUGCUCUUGGAUACCCAUCAAAGACUCCAAUAUAUAUUGCUGCUGGGGAGAUAUAUGGGGGUGACUCCCAUAUGACUGAACUCCAAUCCCGCUAUCCAUUGUUAAUGAGCAAGGAAAAGUUGGCAUCCAUUGAGGAGCUUGAACCCUUUUCUAAGCAUUCAUCUCAAAUGGCUGCUCUUGACUAUAUUGUAUCGGUUGAAAGUGAUGUGUUUUUGCAUUCUUACCCUGGAAACAUGGCAAGGGCUGUUGAAGGCCAUCGUCGUUUUCUUGGGAGUGGAAGAACAAUAUCUCCAGAUAGGAAAGCUCUUGUUCGUCUGUUUGAUAAACUUGCAAACGGAUCAAUGACUGAGGGGGAAAAACUAUCAAAUACAAUUAUUGAUCUCCACAAAAGACGGCUUGGUUUCUUGAGGAAGAGAAAAGGGCCCAUUUCUGGAACAAAGGGCUUGGACAGAUUUCGCUCAGAGGAAUCAUUUUAUGCAAAUCCUUUGCCUGAUUGUUUAUGUCAGACACCAUCACCACGUACAAACGCUUCUUUCUGA